AUGGCUAAGCCAGAAAGUCUACUUAAUUUGCUUCAUGUGUAUCUCCUCUCUCUCUUUCUCUGUGUGUUUGCAGACAGCUUGGCGGCUCCUGUCAAUGUGACCAUCAAGGCUCUGAAGGCCAACUCUGCCGUGGUGACAUGGGACAUCCCCGAGGGGGACCCCGUCAUCGGCUUCGCCAUCACACAGCAGAAAAAGGAUGUGCGCAUGCUACGCUUCAUCCAGGAAGUGAACACCACCACCCGCUCCUGUGCAUUAUGGGACUUGGCGGAGGAGACCGACUACAUUGUGCACGUGCAGUCCAUCAGCAUGAGUGGGCCCAUGAGUCCGCACAGCGAACCCCUGCGCUUCCGCACGCCCAAGGAGGCCGAGACACAGGCCUCCAAGAGUAAAGACGAGGUGACCAUGGAGGAAGUGGGAGCUCAGCUGAGGGCGGGGGAGUUCAUCAUUAUCGUGGUGGUGCUGAUCAUGUGGGCAGGUGUGAUCGCUCUCUUCUGCCGUCAGUAUGACAUCAUCAAAGACAACGAGCCCAACAACAACAAGGACAAAGCCAAGACCUCAUCAGAGUGCAGUACUCCGGAGCACCCAACGGGGGGGCUGUUGCGCAGUAAGUUCCCCAAGAACAAUAACAACAACAACCGCACGCCAUCUGUGAACAUCAUCGAGCUGUGAUGGCUAGGACCCUCUCUAAUCCAAAGGACUGAGUGUCUUCUGAACAGAGCAACCAAAAUGCCCGUUAUGCCCAUCUGCUUGUUAGGGUGAGGCUGGGACUGUGGGCACGCRCCCUUGACCAUGCCCAGCCCUUUGGCACGGGGCUUGGGUGUGAACUGUGCCCCCAGGACUCCAGGGGUCAGGCCUCAAAGGAGAGGCUCUAGGUGUGAUGGCAGGACUGUGGCUGUCACUGAUCUAAUCACUGCCACAGGGCCAAGGAGAUAAGGGCCAAAUGGAUUCCGCUGUAAGAUGAGAAACAGACGGGAGAUAUGAACAUGGCCAGGGGACUGCAGGUAACCAGGGCCAGAGGCCAUCUCUCUAUUAGCUUCAGUGCAGGCUGCUGAGGGGAGGACAGCUCAUAAUAAUGGCUAGAACAUAGUUUUAUUAUUAUGAUCUGUCCUCCCCUCAGCAGCCUCCACUGCUCAGCUUGUUAUCAAUGAACUGAAACACACUGUUUCCCCCCUGUUCACCAUGCUGCAACCGAGGCUGGAGCACUGAGAACCYUGUGAAAAUGAAUUCCACCUGUUGUAUCUUCUCUCUUAAACAGUAACCUUGUUUCUUUCUUUAUUUGCCUCCUAUCAAGCUCUUGCUGUAAGGCACAUACUGUCUUUGCUAUCGUUUAUCUUGUUUGACAUAUUAUACCUGUUAUUCAAACUCAAACUACAUCUCUGUAUCAAAGUCUGUCUUCUUUUUUUGUCAAUCUACUCACAAAAACGUAUUUGCAGGAUACCAACCAAGGUUAGUUAUAUAGAUCUCCUUAUGGUUAUCUAGAUCUCACUCCUGUUAUAUACAUCUCCCUAUGGUUAUAUAGGACCUCCCUAUGGUUAUCUAGAUCUCACCUAGUUAUAUAGAUCUCCCUAUGGUUAUAUAGACCUCCCUAUGGUUAUCUAGAUCUCACUCUAGUUAUAUAGAUCUCCCUAUGGUUAUAUAGAUCUCACUCUAGUUAUAUAGAUAAUCCCUAUGGUUAUAUAGACCUCCCUAUGGUUAUAUAGAUCUCCCUAUGGUUAUCUAGAUCUUACUCUAGUUAUAUAAGAUCUCCCUAUGAUAAUCUAGAUCUCCCUAUGAUAAUCUAGAUCUCCCUAUGGUUAUAUAGACCUCCCUAUGGUUAUAUAGAUCUCACUUUAGUUAUAUAGAUCUCACUCUAGUUACUAUAGAUCUCCCUAUGGUUAUCUAGAUCUCCCUAUGGUUAUCUAGAUCUCCCUAUGGUUAUCUAGAUCUCCCUAUGGUUAUAUACAUCUCCCUAUGGUUAUCUAGAUCUACUUAUGGUUAUCUAGAUCUCCRUAUGGUUAUCUAGAUCUCCCUAUGGUUAUCUAGAUCUCACUCUGGUUAAACUCCCUGAAACAUCCUCUGAGAGAUGUUUUCAUUCGAUCAAGGAAUCCAGACAACACAAGGAUAAUUUGGGAGGCCUAUCUGAUGCAAGGUGACGGCAAUGACGUCAGAGCAGGAUCAAAAGAUUACUCAAGACACUUGUGCGGCAGAAUUCUCAAUAUAUCUGGAGUAUUAAAACUUGUUAGCUCUGACAGCAGAAAUAACAAUGUAAUUGAUAAACAAAGUUGGUCUGUGCAUACACACACCAAGAAACUUCUUAUUUAUCAUUGGUCAUCUUAAAUAUUGCAUUUUCCUUGAAAGUAUUUUUUUUUACUGAUUAGUAAAUUUAUAUUUUUGAAGUGUAUCCUUUCUCUUAUCACCUACUUUUACUAGUGAGCCUUCUAGAGAGGAGAAAGCAAAUACGAUUUAGGCAAGUCUUGUUAAGUUUAUGGACUCACCUUUAAGAGGGACUUGACUCAUGUGUAUAGACUGGAUGUAUCUCUGAAGAAGGGCUAAACAGGCCUCUCCCAUGUCAGCAAUAACAUCACUGAGUGGAGCAGUGGAGCGUCUCACACACCAGCAGGCCAUGAAGCACCUGGGAGGGCCACACCUGUCCACGUACUUCCCAGCAUUCUGAGCUCGGGGGCAACAAUACUCAACAAACUUGAUGCAGGGUGACUUUAAAAGGUGAUGAACAUUGUUAGGAGUUUUUGAGGGGUUUAGAUACGUUUUAUUUUAUGAGUAUCCUUGUUUAUGAAAGACCUUUCUAUGAAAUGCCUGCCACCUCCAACUUGCCCUGAAAGUUGUCACUAGGGUGCCCAGGCCUAAUCAAAGAUUUGAUCACGAGCUCCAUAUGUUGGUUCUAAACUUUGACCCCUUUAAUUCAGUCCCAUCUGACACCAUCACUAGUUGCCAGCUUGACAGAAGGGCUUCUACCAAAGAGGAAGAGGCGAAGCGAGAGGGUUUACUCCAUCAAAAUCUGUCUACGAUAAGCAGACUGAUAAGCAUACCGAUAAGCAGACCGCCUGCCCUCCCGCCUUUGGGACAACAACUCCCAUUGUUAGGGCGGAGACUAACCUAACGUAGCAGGCGUAAAGGAAACGCUUGCCCGGAGUUCCCACAUCCGAUUUUCUGUGGAAAAUGAAGCUACGGUUGACGAUAGCGCAAUGGUUGAAUUAAUGUUGUUUCCAGGUCAUUUCAAUGAAACUAAGUUGAACCAACGUGGAAUAGACGUUGAAUUAACGUCUGUGCCCAGUGGGCCGUAUCCCUGAAAACCGGAUGCAUCUGCUAAGGGUGGGAGGAGACAAGUCCAUCUCGUCUUUAUAUACAGUAUCUCUGCUUCUACGGACUCAUCUUCUUCAGCGUGUGUGAGUCCACCCUCCCCACCCCAUGUACUGUGUAUCACAGACACAGACAGAGAUGUUGUUGACAUGCUGUAUGAAGAGACUAUAAUGUGGAGAUUCUCAAUGGGCCAAACAACCUCCUCCACAUCCCCAUGAAGGGGACAUCGCUGUGGUGAAUGAGGUUAUGUGUUUUAGGGCUGAUUAAAAAAGCACUGCCUUAAAUACCUAAAUCUUCCAUUUUCUUUGAUAGGAUGGAAUGAUAAAGGCCCAAUUUGUUCCACAUGUUUUUCCAUUUCGCCUUUUCCUGCCUCUUGUCCCAUGGGAAGGCUGCAGUAUGGUGGUCUGUCUACAACUGUUUGGAGUUGGUUUAGGGGAAACAUGCUAAGAGAACAACUAUAAUUAGAUUUCAGAGAACAUUGCUAAGGGAUGGGUGAACGUAAUGCUCAAUGAAGAGCAUGACAAAUAAAUGUGUACAUACAUUUUCUCCGUUAUUAUUAUGUGGUUUCUAGAAAUGCUACAUAUAAAUAUUAUUUGAGAAUAUAUUAUUGUGUUUUCAGGAAAUGGUUUGGGAGUCUCAAGGGCAAUUUAAAUAUAAUUUCAUUGUAGAAAAUGUGUUCAUGAUACUUCUUUGCUUUCAAUGUAUUUCUAUCACAUUCUAUGGUUGUCUUAUUUAACCUAUAUCCAUUAUAAAACAAUCUUGUUAAUUGUGAAUAUAGAGGAAUAGAGAAAUCUUAAUAUUUGCCACAGAACAUUCCUGUGGACACUCUAAAAAAGCGACCUACUUAAUAUGUAUUCAUCAACCAGACAUGACCAAAUAAAAUAAAACAAUUCUCACAAUAGCCAUAAACACAGCAGUGGAGGCUUGUGGGAGGAGCUAUAGGAGGAUGGGCUCAUUGAAAUUGCUGGAAUGGAAUAAAAAUGGAAUGGAAUCACACAUGUGGAUUCCAGUCAUUACAAUGAGCCUGUCCUCCUAUAGCUCCUCCCACCAGCCUCCACUGGUUUGUACAGUAUUGCAUGAAUUACUCCAGCUCUGUUACGACUCAUCACCUUCUGUGUCAGACUAGCCAUUACUGAACUGUGACUGUUGACACAUCAAACAGCCUUCCGCUACUCUCCACCUUCCUAUCGCACGCGCGCACACACACA